AUGAUCAGGCGCGGACGAGCUGAGGGCUGGUUACGACUACCCAUAUCAGCAUUCAAGCCGUGGGCGGAUCUGAACGGGGUUACUUUCAAUGGCAUCAGAGUUGGGCUACUGCCGGGGUAUGAAGACCGGGGGUCUGCAAUCAUUGCGGAGCGAGCCCUCUCUGAUGGCGAAGACCCGUUGAUGGUUGUUCCCAGAGAUUUGGUAUUGUCUUUGGAGGGCGUCCAAAACCAUGCCAGAUCGGACAGAAACCUUCAGGAGCUCUUGAGUGCUCUUGGGGAUUAUGGACGGACAGCCCGAGGAUCCAUACUCGUCUUUCUCCUCAUGCAAGCCACAGCAGCAUGUCCCAGUGUUUCAAAGGGUAUGGCUGUUCGGAGUCCCCUAACUGACUACGUCAAAUUCCUCCCUGAAGAAUCCUUGCCGACUUUCUGGACGGAAGCAGAACUCGCACUUCUGGAGGGUACCACUCUCAAACCCGCCAUCGAAGCAAAGCUCAAAAGUCUAAAUCGCGAGUACGAACAGCUGCGCUCAGCCUCGGAAGACAUUGAAUGGUGCCAAAAGUACUGGUGGGACGAAGAAACAGGCAUGCUUUCCUUCGACGACUGGCUCCAGGUUGACGCCAUGUACCGGUCACGCGCUCUAGAGUUCCCUGGCAUAGGUGACUGCAUGGUUCCCUGCGUUGACAUGGCAAAUCACGCUUCAGGGGAAGGGACGAUUGCCCUGUACGAGACUGAUGGACAGGGUAAUGCAGUGCUGUUACUGCGGGAUGCUAAGAGGCUGGAGGUUGGGGAUGAAAUCACCAUCACUUACGGGGACGAGAAAGGGGCAUGCGAGAUGGUGUUUUCAUACGGGUUCAUUGAAGAAAGCAUGACUUCUGCGCGGGAGCUCUUCCUCGAUCUCGAGAUUCCAGAUGACGACCCGUUAAAGCGGGCGAAGAAGUUCAUAUCAACCUCAGCUCCGGGCUUCCGCUUAGUCGACAAAGCCGACGGCAUCAGUUGGGAGAGCGAUUAUGUGUGGCUCAGCUGCGUCAAUGAGGAGGACGGUCUGGACUUUCGAGUGCUGCAGACGAAUGACGGCAACCGAGAGCUCAAGGCUUUUUGGAAAGAGGAAGAGUUGAGGGAUUCAAUUCAGCUAAAGGACGCUUUGGAGGCAGAUCCAAUGUGGGAGGUUUUUCGAUUACGCGCAACUGCUCUGGUCCAAGACAGAGUUGAGGCACAGGCCCGGCUGCUCUUUGGCAGCGAUGAAGAAAUACGGACCGUGGGACUUGAGGGAACAGCUUGCCGGGAUCGACCAAAGGCACUUGCUGUGAGGCUUAGAACGCUUGAAGGGAACCUACUAGAGAAGGCGUGGAACAGCCUGGAACCUGAGAAGCAGGAGCUAGCAGAGACGGAGACAGUGAAGAGAUACUUGAACCCGCCGAGUGAUAGCAGAUACGAAGAAGAGGACUUCUCGUAA